CAGCGGUUUCACAUCGCGUGGUCCGUUCCGUCGUGUCGGAGCGGGGUUUUGUGUUGUGUCCGGUUCGUGGGGUUGGAUUGGUUUUUUUUUCGGAGGAGCAAGUUUAGAAAAAGCGAAUGCUAUUUUUUGCCACUUUGAUUGAAGUCGGUGUUUGUGAAGUGUUGAUCCCGGCCCGAUUCAACCGGGUUAUGUGAUGUUCGUCGAGAAGAGUCAAGCGUUUUGCACGGGAAAUUGGACCCACCGACCUCCGGCAGAUGCAGUUUAGAGAAGCAGAUGACGGGGUGAAGCCGAUUAAUAGCUCAGCGCGGUGUGAUUAAGCGCAAAUGGGAGGAGCACGUGUUUGAAGAAAUCGUCGUUGGCAGAGUUAGUGCGAAGAAUCAGCAGAGUCAGUGUGUUUUGGAGAAAUUAAUUUGUGGCUGGACCACCUGCUGCUGGUGGGUUCUGGGUGUUACAACUAAUCCGCCUGGAGUGUGGUUUUAUGUGGAAGUGAAGUUUGGUGAAGCAGAAACGAAAAUUCGCUGCGUUGUUUCUGAGAAAUUGAAAAUGGAGCAGUAGUUUUGUGCAUGGUUCAGCUGAGUGGGGAUUACAACAAGUUGAAUUGUUUCUCAUGAAGUAGAGUUGCAUGAAUUGUUUGCAAAACAAAUGAUUAUUGUUAGUUAGAUUGAUCAAAUGUGUAAAAAUGAAGUUCAAAAUUGGAACCUAAAUCCGUGUACUGCAAAAGUAUUUGAUGUUUGAUAAACCUGUUUGAUGGACGUGACACCAGCUGAUUGAAUCAAUUUGGUCCAUCCAUCGGUACAGCUGCAACAUAGUCACAUUCAACCAUCAUCAUCUUCGCCGUCGCUGCAAAACUGAUCAUCGCCACAAAACCCGUUGCAACCCGUUGCAAUUAUAAAUAACCGCCUGGCGUGUUUGUCACGGGAAAACCAUUCAGCACCCCCAACUUAACAAGUGCUCGGCUGUGAAGGAAAUUAAUGUGACACGGCCGCGAAUAAAUGGGCAUCCCUUGGCCAGAAGCCCCGAAGCGUUUCGUGAUCAGGAGAGAAGAAUUCGUGCGUUGCUUAUUUCUGUAGGUUGGUUCUGUUAAUAAAUAAAAACAUCACAAACUGAUCCCUCUUGAGCGAAAUCCAAAACGCCCACUGUAGUUGUGUAGUGCAGUCCGCAAACAACCACAAAAUUGAAAAUCCCCAGUUUGUGAAAACUUUUCCCAUGGGUACAAGACAGUUGGCAGCAUCAACAGCCUCACCACCAGUGUUCCGUGAAGUAUUUUGCCGCCAAAAACAUUAACAAUGCCACCACCAGCGGAACCAACUUCACCAACACGGGACAACUCGUCGCCGAUAUCACAGCUGAACGGUUCCGUACAAGUUCCGGUGUGUGAUGACGCCCAGCUCUGGAUUUGAGCGCCAGCAGUUUACGAGAGCAAUCCCGAGGAUAUUUGCUGUGAGAAGUUGCAGUUUUUAGCGCAAAUUUAUCUCCGCUGAGCAGCGCACACAAACAUACAAGCAAACAGUAAUACACGUGGAGAGGGAUCCCCCCAGCUGAUCCUUGAAUAGUGGAGUUUAACCAAAACAAACGCGCCAAAGUGAAACAUUUUCGUACAAAACAAAACAAGCCAGCAAAAUGUCCUCAUCAACGACAACGGAAGCCAGCGUGGAUGUGUCCGAGCUGAAACGCCUCGAAUGUCUGGCGAAACUGAACGAAUCCGUCGAAUCCGCCUCCGACAGUGACCAACUGUUCUGCCGGGGGACCUGGGAUGGGUGGCAGUGUUGGCCGGACACGGCCGCCGGAAGGAUAGCCUACGCACCCUGUCCAGAGUUCGUCUUCGGAUUCGAUACCACUCGUUUUGCGCACAAAGCCUGCGACGAGCAGGGUGAGUGGUUCCGGCAUCCGGAAACCAACAGAACCUGGUCCAACUACACAACCUGCGUGAACAUCGACGAUUUUACGUGGAGCAGGCAAAUAAACACAAUAUACGAAACGGGAUAUUCCAUCUCAUUGAUAGCCCUCAUCCUGUCCCUCGGUAUUCUAAGCUACUUUAGGUCCCUCAAAUGUGCCCGGAUAACGCUCCACAUGAACCUGUUUGCGUCGUUCGCCACAAAUAAUACCCUCUGGCUGCUGUGGUAUCGGAUGGUGCUGGCAGAUCCGGAAGUGCUCAGUCACAACGGGUCCCCCUGCAUCACGCUGCACCUGGUGCUGCACUACUUCCUGAUCACCAACUACGCGUGGAUGCUGUGCGAGGGCUUCUACCUGCACACGGUCCUGGUGUCGGCGUUCGUGUCCGAGAAAAAGCUCGUCAAGUGGCUGGUCGUGCUCGGCUGGACCGUCCCGGCCUGCGUCAUCGUGCUGUACGGGGUGCUGCGCGGGACGUACGGCACCGACGAGGACGUUACGCUCUGCUGGAUGACCGAGAGUUCCUACGGGAUGGUGUUCAUCGUUCCGGUUUGCAUCUCGAUGCUGCUCAAUCUGCUGUUCCUGUGCAACAUUGUGCGGGUGGUGCUGCUCAAAAUGCGUGCCCCGGCCGGACCCCAGGGCUCGGGCCCCUCCCGGACCAUCCUGCAGGCGUUCCGGGCCACCCUCUUGCUCGUCCCACUGCUCGGCCUCCAGUACAUGCUGACUCCGUUCCGGCCCGACCCUGGCCAUCCGUACGAGCGGGUUUACGAAACGAUAUCCGCGUUCACGGCCUCAUUUCAGGGCCUCUUCGUGGCCGUCCUGUUUUGCUUCUUCAACGGGGAGGUGAUCGCACAAGUCAAGCGGAAGUGGCGCACCGUGUUCCUCCGGACGCGGACCAACUCGUACACGGCGACGCAAGUGUCCCCGGUCCGCUUGCAGUUUGUCCGCACCGGUCCGCACGUGCCCGGCGAGGAAAAGGUCUGACUAAAGGAGUACCCCCGGAGCAACUCGGUCGUGCCCCCGCGGCUGUCCCCCUCGGACUCCACCACGCUGAACCACGACCC